AUGGCAACUUCAUCCUUCGAACUUAGCCAUCGUCCCUCUGGACACUUGGCGCCACCUCCUGACUACCACACUACUGAAGCUGUAGAACUAUCACGCCUCUCACCAGCGACGUCUUCUACAAAUUCCCUCCCAGAAUAUACGACACUGUACAGCAAUGAACAUGGAGACUCGGCAUCGUCCUCUUCAACAUUGGGAUUCCAUCCCACAAAGCAACUGCAGAUCGAAGCUCCUGGGUUUGCACUUAUGAGGCUUCCUCUACCGCCUCAGCCAGAUCCUAUCUAUGUCUUCAACGUCGCAGCAACGGGAGAAGUCGGUGAUGCAGAGUAUGUAUCGAUCCGGCCUACCAGAAACUCAGGCUCUUGCUUUCUUGCCAGGGCGAACGAUCCUACACAAGCAGCUCUUUGCACAACCACAUACCGCUUUGGUCCAGGCAAGCCUCCCAAGAUUCGUUUUGUUGGGAAUGGAUCACAGAACGGCCACACAGAGGAGAUUGAGAUCAGCUGCAAAGGUGUUCUAACUCGCAGCACCAUCAUGCGCACUCAUCUCGGCACUUUCGAAUGGCGAUAUAGUUCCCGUGCCGAACGUCGAAGUGCAAAAGCCUCUGUUGGCGAGGACAUCGGUUGUCUACUAAUUCUAGACCAAGUCAUGAAAGUGGCGGUUGCAGGAGGAAAGCAAGAAGAGAGAAGACGAAAAGUUGGGCAAUUCGUGCGUAGCGAUGGACUCCGUACGCAAGGUUCUAGGAGGAGCUCUGCUGGAAAUGGUGGACGGCUUAUGCUUGAUCUGCGAGAGUGGUCGGACAGGAAAAACGAGGCAAUUGAGAUGGAAAUUCUAGCAGUGGUGAGUUGUGUGUCCAUGAUGAAGAAAGAAGUGGAUAGGCGAAGAAUGCAUCAGACUAUGGCCAUCAUGGGAGGUGCUUCUGGUGGACCCUAG